AACCAAAAAAACACAGACGUCAUGUGAUACUCAAGAGAGAAACUCUGAUGUGCAUUAUUAAUACCAGCAGCUUUUAACUUCAGAAAGGUUUUAAUUUAAAAGAUAUUAGAUGGAUUAGAUGCGAUAAUGCUGUUUUAUAUUAACGUUAUGAGUGCUGUUACAGAUCUGUAACUAUUAUUUUAACGUGACAUUAUCAGAGAAGCAUAACUGCCUUACUGUGCAUAAAGCUGAUAUCUGCUCACAAGUUUGGCAGGUUUAUAUGAUUCCAUUGAACUCCAAAUCCGUCUGUUCAUUGACCUGUAAUUUGGCGAUUCAAAUCAAUUAGUUUAAUAUUUUUAUUCCCAUUCAAGAACGUUUGUGGUAUUAUGAAGCGGAGUUGACAGGUUUGGAAUGUUUUGAGAAGUCCUUGAACAAAGGUGAAUAUGACCAACUAGAUUUCAUGUAGCCUAUGUUAGAAUAAAGCAAUUGAUGAUUUUUUUAGUGUCAGAUAUCAGAAGUAUUUUGUCUUUGAUUAAUGUAAAUGCCCGAAUUGUUGCUUGAAGUCCAUCUCUCACCCAGAAUACACCUGGACUGUGAAAGUAUUAAUAGCCAGCAGAGGGCAUUGAAUAUCCAAAAAUAAUAUCAAAACAGCAAUUCGUAAAAGGUAACAAUAACAAAUCACUAUGUCUCAUAGACUAUUGUAUUAAAAUAUAAUGCUUAGAAAAUAGAAAAAUAGCCAGAACCUUUAAAAUGUCAGCUAUUUUAACAUUGUUUCAGAUAAAUUUGACUACUUUGACCAAGUUUAUAAUUAGACUAGUGUAGUUUGUUUUAUUUAUAACGCAGCACUUCAGUAAUGUAAUGGCUUUCAGACACCCAACACCGCUGUAUUUAUAGACCAAAACAGUUGGCGGUGUGUGCUCGCGCGGAGUUCACAGUGGGGUAAAGUUGACGACGUUCGGUUAGUUUUGUUACACCAACACGAACAGACAGACACAGACUUCAGUGCUUCUGCGUUCACGCGCACUCACGCAGGGCGCGCGCUUCACAAGAAAUCCGGACAGAAGUGGCAGGGGUAAGGGCGAAUUUCUGGGAAACCUUUUGUUUUAGCUUUCCAUGAUAUUUAAUAUAUUAAAUGUUACUUUGAUUACUGACAACGGUAUUAAAAUAAACUUUUAAAGGACAUCAUCAUCCUAGACGCUGCUGAAUAUUGUACACUGUAUUUGAAUGUAAAUCUCCAAAAAAGUUCUUUUUAGGUUUCGGGCUUUUUCACUAGACAAAAAGUGUAGUGUUUAGGCUACUAUAAGCUUUGGCAUAUUGCACUCUCAUAUAGUGCCGGAAGAUGAUCUGUAUUUCCUCAUGAUUUGGACACCGUAAGAUGUUCAUUCAAACGUCAGAUGAGACUUCCUCAACGCGCAUUCACGCGCAGCUCAGACCCUUCUUCAUGGAAAAUACUAGCAUCUGAAAGAAAAUCAAUCUCAGGACAUACUCUGAUACAAAAUUGUGCUAGACCAGUUCACUUCAUAAUGGUCUCCGUCUCAACGUGUGCUUAAGUCCAAAUUGGCAUCACCCACGAACACACACUAGGAGCAUGGAGGGCAUUUGUUUUGAAGUCAAACCCAGAAGUGACCCGGUCAGAGGUCAUUCUCUCUGUACCCUCCCCGGGUCUGGGGAUAUGAGAGAUGGAGAAGUGGAGAUUCAGUACAGGUUAACUCUGGUUGGCUCAUUGGCCAUCCAUCCACAGACCACCAUGGCCAUGCUCCCAUGGGUGGUGGCUGAGAUACGCAGGCCUCAGCAGAGGGAGAGGAACAGAAGCCCUGAAUUCACAGGAGCCCACUCUCCGGAGGUUGGAGAUCAGCCUGUGGUGCUGCAGAUUUCAGCCAACUCCGUCCGUUGCGUUCUGGACACAGCAGGGCCGGGGAAGCCGUGGGACCCAUUGCAAAAUACGGUUCUGUUUGAUCACCGACCUCAUCUGUUCACCAAACUCAUUCACAACAGCCAGGAGCCGAGCUAUUUCGGCUGUCUGCUCAGAAAGGAGAAGACAGCAGCCUGCUUUGUGUUCCGCUGUCAGGACCAGCUCCAGGUUCCAGAGAUCAUCAGCACUCUCAGGCAGGCCGGCAAAAGUUCUGCCCGGCAAGAAGACGCACCCUCAUCUCUGCCUAGCAACGGUCAGACAGAUGCCGCCUGCUCCACGACAGUUGAUGCUGCAACAGCUUUCGCUAAGAAAUUUGAGGUGUUAUUCUGCGGGCGGGUGGUGGUGGCCCACAAGAAAGCUCCGCCAGCUUUGAUAGAUGAAUGUAUUGAGAAGUUUGGACGUGCUAGCGUAACAGACUCCUUCGCAGCAGGUUUCAGACGGGCGUUCUCGCUCACACAGAUGACAAAUGGAGCGACCGAGGGGGCGGAUGGAGGAGGAAAGAGACCUCUUUUUUUUAAAAGAGAUCCCAGUUUUCCGUAUCUGCAGGCACUGGAUGAGAACGGCCUGUCACCAGAGCUCCAGCGACGGGCUGCUGACGGGGCCGCUGGGGUCCAACCCACCAGCCUGCAGGAAAACAGAACCAUGUUGUUCACUAUUGGACGUUUUCAAAUCUUUCUCGUAAGUCCUGACACGAAGAAGGUGGCCAUAGAGAAGAGCUUCAGAGAGAUCUCCUUCUGUUCACAGGGUAUUCGUCAUGUGGACCACUUUGGCUUCAUAUGCAGGGAGACGGUGGAGUGUGGAGGUUGUCAGUUUGUCUGCUAUGUGUUCCAGUGCGCCAAUGAAGCUCUGGUGGAUGAGAUCAUGUUGACUUUGAAGCAGGCAUUCUCUGUGGCCGCCCUCCAGCAGAACAGUAGGACCCAGAGUCAACAGUGUGACAGCUGUCCCCUGCAGCAGCUUCAUAGACUCUGUGACAGAAUAGAGGGUCUUCAUCCAUCCAAAGCCAAGUUGGAACUCCAGAAGCAUUUGGCAGGGCUGGAAAAUCAGGAGCAGGCAGCUGUUUUUGAGACCACAAUGAAAGCCAGGCCGAAGUCGGAUCAGAAGGAGAACGAGUUGAUCGUAUCAUGUCUCAGGCGACAUUACGAGGACAAACAGAAGACACACACUCACACACACAAUGGAGAGACAAAAAAGGCUGCUCAGGAGGGUCCGGUGAAUGCAGAAAGUAGUAUGAGUUCCAGUCGUGUGCGUCUGGAGGAGUUCAAGUCUAGAGCAAAGCGAUCGCUCACUGAAUCACUGGAGGGGAUCUGGAAGGGCGGCACUAAGUCCAAACCCCAGAAGGAGAACUGUGAAGGAGAGAGCAACUCCUCCAGCUCCACCACACUAAACAGCACAAACCAGGAAACAUCACUGGAGGAACCUCUCUGUUCUCUCCUCCCCUCGAGUCCACUCCGCUCCCAUAAUUCCACGGGGGACCUGAAGCGCCUCGAAGGCUCAGUCGCAGGUCACGAGGGUCCUGAGAGCCCGCCUCAGGGUUUCAGGCGACGAGCGAGCACGAUCAGUCACUCUCCCAUGCUGUCGCCGACCGGCCCGAGCCUUCCCCCUCAACAGCUCACUGCAGCCAACAAACCCAAACUGGUCCGGCACUACUCUGUCAGCACAGACUCUCCACACCAGAGCAAUCUUUCCUGUCAUCCGGCCUCUUCCUCUUUACGGCCGAUGAGGCCACGUGCUUUUGAUCUUGAUCAUUCCGCUCGGCCCCUUAGGAGAAGUCCAUCAGGGCUGAGUGGGUUCAGGGCGAGGUUACACUCCUCUGCUUCUGUACCAAAUUUCCUCAAAUUUCUGGCCCCUGUAGUGGAGAGCGAUGAUAGCUGUGACUCUCAGAGGAAGAGUGAUGUGGCAGCCCUGUCCAGUCCUGCCGUGUGUGGCGUUGGAGAUGACAGUCCAUUACGGAACCGAAGACAUUCCUGGAGACAACAGAUCUUCUUAAGAGUCGCCACACCACAGAAGGGCUCAGACAGCAAAGAAUCCACCUUAGAAGUCGGUGGCAGAAUGGCGCUCGGAGGUGGAUUGGGGGGUGGGGACAGUUCUCUGGGGGCGGUACCAGAGGAGAGGAGAAAGUGGAGUGGGGAGGAGAUGAGGGAAUUGUGGCGGAAAGCUAUUCUUCAACAGAUCCUACUGCUGCGGAUGGAGAAAGAGAACCAAAAACUUCAAGCUUCAGAGAGCGAUCUGCAGUGCAGACGACUGAAGCUGGACUACGAAGAGAUCACGCCGUGCCUGAAAGAUGUCACCUUGGUGUGGGAAAGGAUGCUCUGUACUUCUGGGAGGUCAAAGGUCAAAUUCGACACACAGGAGAUCCACACAGCCGUGGGACAAGGUGUUCCUCGUCAACAUCGUGGAGAGAUCUGGAAGUUUCUUUCGGAGCAGUAUUUGCUGAGGCAGGAGGUGCCCAGCCCCAAACCUCCAAAUAACGGCACUCCUUAUAAAGACCUUCUGAAACAGCUCACAUCCCAGCAGCAUGCCAUACUCAUAGACCUGGGACGUACGUUUCCCACUCAUCCGUAUUUCAGCACUCAGUUGGGCGCUGGCCAGCUGUCCCUCUAUAAUCUGCUGAAGGCUUAUUCUCUGCUUGACCCAGAGGUGGGCUACUGCCAGGGCUUGAGUUUUGUGGCGGGUGUGUUGCUGCUCCAUUUGAGCGAAGAAGACGCCUUCCAAAUGCUCAAAUUUCUCAUGUACAACAUGGGGCUGCGGAAACAGUACAGGCCUGAUAUGAUCAUUCUGCAGAUUCAGAUGUACCAGCUGUCUCGUCUGUUGCAUGACUAUCACAGGGAGCUGUACGCUCAUCUGGAGCAGUAUGAGAUCGGCCCAAGUCUCUAUGCUGCCCCCUGGUUCCUCACUGCCUUCGCCUCUCACUUUCCACUGGGAUUCGUGGCCCGAGUGUUUGACAUGCUGUUCCUCCAGGGAUCAGAGGUCAUCUUCAAAGUGGCCCUGAGUCUUCUUGGGAGCCACAAGCCAUUGAUUCUUCAACACGACAAUCUGGAAUCUAUUGUUGAGUUUAUCAAAACAACCUUACCCAAUCUAGGCCUCGUGCAAAUGGAAAAGACAAUUAAUCAGGUGUCUGAGAUGGAUAUCAGUAAGCAGCUGCAGGCCUAUGAGGUGGAAUAUCACGUUCUUCAGGACGAGCUCUUGGAUGGCCCUUCCACUCUAAGCCAGUCGCAGAGGGUUGCCCAGUUGGAGAAGACCAAUGGAAGUCUCCGACAGCAAAACCUGGACCUUCUAGAGGAGCUACAGGUUGCCCAUGCGAAGAUCCGAUGCCUGGAGGCCCGUGCGGAGGGCCAGGUGAGCCGAGAGGCUGAGCUGCAGUUAGAAGUUAAGACUCUACAGCAAGAACGGGAAGAGCUGCUCCAGACUGUCUCUAACCUGAAAGCUCUGCACAGCAGCCUGGGCAUAAACGUCCCCUGCCAAACCCCAGAAGACCUCAGCAGCACAAGCACCAGCUAGGCAGAGAUGGAGAUGUAUUAAUUUAUAGAAUUCAUGACACUCGACUUUCCUAAACAGGGUUUGGAAAAACAUCUGCUUUUAUGCUCCUCCUCUUCCUUGUGUGAUGUAGACAUUGGUUGUGAUGCAAUCCUCUCUCCCUAUUGGCUCUGUUGUCCUCUGGACUGUCUUAGUGGAGGUGGACAGGGUGAGGUUAACAGGACUCUUCCUUCACCCGAGAACUUCUUUUGGAGAACUGACACAGGUUAUCUGCAAAAAAAACAACUUUAAAGAUGAAAUUGCUGGUGCUUUGAGCUUUUAUAAUUGAAGUUUACCUUCCAGGUUUUUUUAGAGUCAUCACUUUUAAAAGAUGCCGUUUUUUACUCCCUGUCAUCAUUUUGAAGCCUCUCUGAGGUAGAUUUGACUCGACCGGUCUGUUUCCACGAAUAAUGACACAUAUGAUUGACAGAUGCCAAUAAGCACGGACGAAUGCACUCUUGCUGUGCAGCGCAAUGAUUGCACCCUCUUCUUGUCACGUAUGCGUGUUUGUUUAUGUGUGUGUGUCCGUGUGGCCAAUAACUCCACCAUUACAAGUGCAAAUUUUGCCUUACACAUAUGUUUAACCUUAGAAUUUCAGAACCGUUUGUUUGUUGUGCUAAACAAGAAUGUAUUUUUGGUACCUUUUUUAACCAAAGACGUUAAUUGUAUGUUCAGACUUUCUCUGUGACAAACAGCAUGUGUUGCAUAUUUGUGUGUUGUUCAUUUGUUUAUCUGUCGGGUGGCUGUACGCGUGUCAGCAUUUUAAACACGGUUGAACAUUGUCACCUUAAUUGGAGCGUGAAAUGUUUUGACAGAGCUUAAGAGGUUAAAGGGUGUACGGAAACAAAAAUGCUCUUGAAGCAUGUGCGUGACAAUUUGUUGUUGCCCUUUGACCUCUUGAGCUGUUCUGGAGAAUUCCAUUUGUGUUUCUCAGUGACACUGUUAAAACAUCAUUCUUGAUGAAGUGGUUUGUUUUUGUUGAUUUUUAUGGAGAGUUAGUCUUCUCAGUGUUUUCAUUAAACUACUUUUUAAAUUGUU